ACCACGUUGCCAGGACAAACCAGUUUCACCAUCGCAAAUUGCAAUUGGACAAUGACAACCGUGACGAAUGUGAACAUGAACGAAACGUGUCGCCCAAACAUUUCACAGGAAGUCAAAAUCAUGAGAAAAAGUAAAAACAUAUGCGGUUAGGGGUAGUCAUCAUUAACCAAACGAAGAAACUACAGGGAGCUUCUUGCACAUGUAAAGAUGAAAACGUCACCGCACACGAAUACUAUCAGGUUGGUUGAAAAGUCUGAAGCUUUGUUCUACUUAAACCUGUCGAUAGCCCAUCUCCGAGCAGUCAAAAUCAGCUCCUAUGGAAGGGGCCAUCAUCUCCCGUUCCCCUAACAAAAGGGUUGCCGUGGUCACCGGAGGUAACAAAGGCAUCGGGCUAGAGGUGUGCCGGCAGCUGGCCAACCACGGCGUCUCCGUCGUGCUGACGGCCAGGGACGAGGACAGGGGCAUAGCGGCCGUCGAGAAGCUCAAGGCGCUGGGGCUCUCCGACGUCGUCUUCCACCAGCUGGAGGUGACGGAUGCUUCCAGCAUCGAUCGUCUGGCUGCUUUCCUGGAGAGCCGUUUCAGGAAGCUCGACAUCCUGGUGAACAAUGCAGCCACUGGUGGAAAUGAGCAACUAGAUGAUGCAAUGAUAUCAGGCGUGGAGAAGUUCAACGGCAUGGAUGUACAUCAGAGGCUGGAAUGGAUGAAGAAGAAUACCCGGGAGACACACGAGGCUGCGAAACAGGGUGUGCAGACCAACUACUACGGCACGAAGCACGUUACCGAAGCUCUCCUCCCCCUGCUCCUCUCCUCUUCCGACGGAAGGAUCGUCAACGUCUCCUCCAGCUUUGGGCUGCUGAGGCAUUUUGGCGCCGAUGAGGUGGAGCUGAGGUGGCAGCUUGACGACGUUGACAGCCUGACCGAGAAGAGGCUGGACGAGCUGCUUGACGCCUUCUUGGGAGGCUUCGACCACAGCAGCGCGGCAGAGAUGCGUGGCGGGGGGCGAACGGCGGGAUUCUCGGCGUACAAGGUAGCCAAGGCCGCGGUGAACGCCUACACGAGGAUGCUCGCGAAGAGGCAUCCGGCGCUGCGUGUCAACUGCGUGCACCCGGGCUACGUCAGGACCGACUUUUCCAUGAACUCAGGGCUCCUCUCGCCGGAGGAGGGCGCGCACGGCGUGGUGGGGGUGGCACUGCUACCAAACGGCGGACCCACCGGCGCCUACUUUGCUGAGGGCCAGCUGCAGGCGUCGUUCGUGUGAUGAUUUAUACUGGCCGGUUCAGCACUGACGAUCCAGCGGCUAGGGGUUUUGUUCCAACCAAAUUGUCUUGCUUGCAAUAUUAGUUAAUUACAUGACUACAUGACUAGUGGUGUGGCCUGUGGACAGUGGUCACAGUGCUGUUUUGAAAUUUCAAGACAAAUUUCUUUCCAUUGUUCCAAUUCAA